AUGCCAUCCUGCAUUGGAGGCUUGCCGUCAUGCAGUGGAGGUCUGCCCUCGUGCAGUGGUGGUCUGCCCUCCUGCAGUGGUGGCCUGCCAUCCUGCAUUGGUGGUAUGCAGUUCUGCAGUGGUGGCCUGCCAUCUUGCAGUGUUUGCCUGCCAUCCUGCAGUGGUUGCCUGCCUUCCUGCAGUAGUGGCCUGCCAUCCUGCAGUGGUCGCCUGCCUUCUAGCAGUGGUGGCCUGCCAUGCUGCAGUGGUGAUCUGCCUUCCUGCAGUUGUGGCCUGCCAUCCUGCAGUAGUGGCCUGCCAUCCUGCAGCGGUCGUCUGCAUUCAUGCAGCUGUGGCUUGUCCUACUGCAGUGGGGGCCUGCAAUCCUGCAGUGGUGGCCUGCCCUUCUGCUGUGGUGGUCUGCCAUCCUGCACUGGUGGUCUGCCAUCCUGCAGUGGUGGUCUGCUCUCUUGCAAUGGUGGUCUGCCAUCCUGCAGCGGCAGCCUGCCCUCCUGCAUUGGUGGUCUGCCAUCAUGCAUUGGUGGCCUGCCUUCCUGCAAUUGUGGCCGGUCAUCCUGCAGUGGUGGCCUGCCAUCCUGCAGAUGA